GAGCGGGGCCGCUAUAGUGAUGGUCCGUGUCGAUGCCGCGACGAUCCUUCCGUUCUCGCUGGGCGGAUAAUUCCUCGUCAACGUUCGAUCGAAGCAACCCGCCCGUCUACCGUCGUGCAUAGGAAAAGCACUUUUCCGGCCACCGAAGAGUGGGUGUGCAAUUUUAAUUUCGCAAUAAUUAAUGCUGUUGUGCCCGCUGUUUAGUUGUGGAAAGUGACAUUAAACAAACAAUACACAGCCGAUACUCGUAUACGCAAAAAGUGCGCUUGGGUGGAAAGUUGACGGUUCUCGGCUUCUCGGCGUACGCGUACGUGUGUCAUCGAGGCGGACGACAGCGCGAGCACAACGCAUAUACAGCCAGCAGAAGCAGAAGCAGCAACAGCAGCAGUAGCAGCAGCAGCAGCAGCAGCAGCAGCAGCCCAGAUUAGGUUCAAUGGGUCUGAAUGUUUAGAGGGACACAAACACACACACAAAUCCGUGUUCUUCCCUCUUCGAGUGCAAAGUGAAUGUGGCGAACGAUUAGAAAAAGGGCUUUGAAAUUGGAAUUUUCUCCCCCCAAAAACCGGGCCUAUCAUCAUAACGCCCCCCCCCCCCCCCCCUCCCCUCAAUGGCACUCUGAAGUGAGGGAGCGUAGCCGAGCUGUUUCCUGGUGGGAAAAAUCGCCGUAAAGGGUAAGUGAAAUUCCGUGCCCACUGUGGCGCUCUCCAUCACUUUUUGUUUCGAUAAUGGCGCCCCCGGUCCGAGCUGCCAAUGAAUAGAUGCUGACGACGAUGAUGAUGAUGAUAAUGAUGAUGGUGAUGAUGAUAGAAGAAUACAAGUAGUGCAAAGUCAGACACUUCCCGCUAAGCAGCAUCAGCAGCAGCAGCAGGGGCGGCCGUGUCGAGGUUUUCGCUGGCUGUCAAGCACAAAACGUCGAACGCCGCGCGACAGCGAAAAGAACGUGAGCGCACCCACUUGUGCGUCGCCGUGUGUGCGGCGUAGUUUUUAUAAGGGUAGGAAAAAACCUGCCAACCAGUGAAAAAGCCCACCUUUUUUUCCCGACCGCACCGAAUUGGCCAGUUGGAAAAUCCGAGCACAUCGACAACAAACGCGCCUCGAGGCAUGUGUGUGUGGAAGGUUUUUUGAAGAAGGAAUAGACCGUCCCAGACACGCAACCCACCACGAACGACACGGUACGCAUAUUCUGAUCGAGAGCAGCUGGAAGGGGAGCGAUCACUAAUGAAUGAUCGAAUUGUGCAAGCAGCAGCAACAGCAGCAGCAGCAGUUGUGUAGUAAAAGCCACAGAAUGCCUUCAGUUUACGCUCGCUGAAUCGCCGCUGCCCCUCCCCCGGGUAUUAGCUCUAGGAAAGACACACGCCAGUAGUGUACAAAAACAAAAACAAACAAAAAACUUAAUCCCGCCGACAUCUGGACUCCUCCCAACCCCCAACCAAAGUCAAAGUUUUGCAAGUAUGGUGUGAGUGCAACGUGCAAGUACAGUGCAAUUCUGAACCGCGCGCUUGUCUCGUCCGUCAGUGUGCGUGUGUGUGUGGGCAGGCGAGGGCAGGAUACGGUGAGGGUGGGUGAAAAAAGGUCCUGCUUCCUUCGACACCACAAACUUUCCACUCAUCCACACACAAACACUCCCCUUUGUGUGGCGCAGAAGGGGGUGCGUGCGCGCGCGCUCACUCGCACGUCCAGUUUUGCUGUAUGGGCAUGGUGUGGUGGUGGCCUACGUUGGUCUAUGUAUGACAUUGGCGAGAGGAAGGAGACGUGUGUAUCAUCCCGUGUCCCGUGAAAGCGAGCGGCAGCAAGAAACGCGGUGAGAACACUAGUGCGCGCUCCGCACCGUUCCGGAAGAUGUACGCGAAGCAGCAAACAAAGGUCGCUGGUGGAGGAGGAGGAGCAGUAGGUGGUGGUGGUGUUGGUGUUGGUGGUAGACAAAGUAUAAAGGCUGAGUAUCAAGCCGGUGGCAAGGCGGCGAGUGGCGGUGUGGCCGGUGCCGAGCGUCGGGCCAGUACGGUUUACGCGCGGAAAGCGUCGGUGGUCAGCAACAGUAGUGACGUGUCGAACGAUGACUACGAGGAGGUCAAGCCGGACCUGCACGUUAGCUCGCACCUGCUCGACCACGGGUACGGGUGCGGGGUCGUGGGGGGUACGUUCACGACCGUGCCGGUAAUAUCCAUCCCGCCGGCGCAUCCCAAACAAUCGCAGCAUGCUGCAGCAACCGAGCAGCAGCAGCAGCAGCAGCGUGGCCAUCAACACACUAGUAGUAACGUUAGCAGUAGAAACAAUCACUCCAACGGCAGGAGCAGCCAUCAUCACAGUAGUACGCCCACUUCAACCACCAUGCCAUCAUCGUCCUCAACGACAACCUCACGCAGCGGGGGCAAGCAGCAGCAACAGCAACAGCAGGAGCAGCAGCAGAAUGCGACCCAGCAGCAACAGAACCACCACGGCAGUGGCAAGCACAACGCGGCCGAUCCACCGAUCACCAACUUUUUCAGGGCCAUCAAACGAUCGUCACAAUCGUCGAGCAUAUCUCCCACACCGGCCAAAAUAGCGAAGAGCAGCAAUGGCAGCAGCAUGAAGACGCCCAACUCCACCUGCUCCACGCCCACAUCGUCAAUAUCGUCCUCUUCGUCCAAGAAGCGCUACUCGGAACGAACUAGGUACGACACGUCGCUGGGGCUGCUGACGAAAAAGUUCAUCGAUCUGCUGAACGAGUCGCCGGACGGGGUGGUCGAUCUGAACAUCGCGUCGACGAAGCUGAAGGUGCAGAAGCGGCGCAUCUACGACAUCACCAACGUGCUCGAGGGCAUCGGCAUGCUGGAGAAGAAGUCGAAGAACAACAUCCAGUGGAAGUGCGGCAACACGGUGUGCAAUAUCGAUCGCAACACGCGGGUGCAGCGCGAACGGUACCGGUUGCAGCAGAAGGAAAACAUGCUGGACGAGAUGAUCGUGGAGCUGCGAACGGCCACGAACGAGGAGAUGGCGCACACGAAGCAAGGCUACUUUACCUGUCAGGAUCUGAGCUCGCUGGAGAUGUUCCGCGAGCAGACGAUCGUUGUUAUUAAGGCACCACCAGAGGCUAAACUGGAGUGGAUGAACGAGAAAAUGCAACGAGAAAUUGUGCUAAAAUCUGAGAAGGGAGAGAUCGACGUGUUUAUCUGUCCAACGGACGAGCCCGGCGCCGUCGACAGUCCGGCAGUGAUCGCCGGCGACCCGCUGCUGGAAAACUUCGAGCCCGUACUGUCGCCCUUCCAGCGAGUGGACAAAACUUCCAGUCCAAGGCGUGGUGCAGCAAACCCGUCCCCGUACGCGGCACAGCGCAAUCUCAACCGUGCAUUGUUCGAGGAAGGGUCUGUGAUGAAGAGCGAACCGGCGGAAGGUGGUGCCAGCGAGAGCAGCAUACACUCGGCCGUUGCGUCUCUGUUCAACCUGUCCGGCAGCAGCGUGCCGCAGAAGGUGGUGGUGCAUGCCGAGCGGUACGAACUGCCGCUGGGCAGUAGCGGUAGCCCGCUGGCCUCAUCCAGCAGUACGUCCGGUGCGGGCGAUUGUAGUACCAGCAGCUACUACCAACACCACCACCACCCAUCCACUGCUGUUGCUGCUGCGGUGGCAGAUCCAUCCGAGUUGCAUUUCGAUGCUAGUCAGACAACGACGACGAUGAUCGGGUCCGCGGCGACAACGUCCAAGACUGGCGUGAGAGUUAAAUCCGAACAUGUGCCUGAUAGUAGUAAUAGUAGAAGUAGCGAAAUGCUACCACCGUCCGCCAUCUCGGCGGACAGUGGCGUGUUCGUGUGGGGUGACGGCGUGAUGGACGGCGACGAGCAUCAUCAUCAUGGCACCACCAGGCACGAUGGCGGCGGUGGUGGUGGUUCCGGCAUGGCGACGUCGUCGUCGUCCUCCAGCUCGUCGUCCACCGUUUCGUCGUCCAUGCUGUCCGGUGGCGUGAUGGGCCAUCUGAACAACAAUCACAUCCACGGCGGCGGCGUCAAAGCGAUACCGGAGGAGAUCACUAACAAGAACGCAUCGCUGUCGGAUACAAAGCUGAGCCCGAACCUGUUCCAGUUCGAUUUUGGCAGCACGAUGUCGGCGCUAAAGCCGCCGAGCACCAAGUCCUCGCCGGAGAAUCUGCACCAGCGCUACGGCCUGUCGGAUUUCGACGCAAUGCAUGAUCUGGACAUUUUCCUACCGCUGGAACCGACCGCCGACUACAAUCUGUCCCUAAACGAAUCGGAGGGUGUGUUCGAUUUGUUCGAUUUCAACUCAUAAAGCUGGUAGAGGCGGCCGCUCUAGCCGCACAGAGUUGCCAGCACAACAAACACCGGGCCGGCGCCGCCUACUGUGCGCUGUGCAGCAAGGCAGCGUUGUUAAAAGGAUAUUCGCAGGCUGGCGCAACUCCGGCAAAGGCGGGUAAACACGCGCGCGCGGCCACAUUCAUUUGUCAAACCUUACAAAACCGAUACGCUUUCACCUAUAGUAUGCGCAGCAGCGAGCGCGCAUCCACUGCUACCGUUUGUAGCAGCAGCAGUAGCAACAGUAAAGCAUAUUAUCAUCAUUACAAGCGGGGGGAGAGCACGCCGCAGAGCGCGUGCGUGUAACGAAAUUGGCACAAAACAAACGGUGUUAAAUUAGGAUUUUUUUUAUGAUUAGAAAUGCAGGCUAAGGAUAGUAAUUUUAAGGCAAUUAGUGUUUUUUUUCUUCGAAUUAGCAUUACUUUAAACGAAUCCUUAUCACCAAGCGCGUGCGUAUGUGUGUGUGUGCGCAUACAUAACCGCUCCACAAUUUUAAAGCACUCCUCCCCGGUGGGGGGUAGCAGCAUAUGCAAAUAUGCGCGACGAAAGGCUCUUUUUUAAGUUUGCAAACAAAGUGUGCAGGUGCAUUAUUAAAACCAAACAA